GGUUUAGUUCCUCUUAGAUUAAUAACUAGAAAUCAGGACAUUAAAAAUAACAGAUAGAUUUAGAACAUUACAUCAUGGAGUUGAUACUAGCACUCGUUUUGGGAUCCCAAUGUUAUUCAUGUUACACAGCAGAAAGUCUCAAGGCAGUAGUGGUUAUGGAGCCAAACCUGUUGCCUAUUUUCUGUGGAGAGAAUAUCAACCUUCGGUGUGACAUACAGGGAGAACCAAACAAUGGUCAGUGGUGGUACCGCUGGUACAGAGGUGAUUCUCUACUGGAAGACACAGGAAAGAGUGUAAUUUCACUCAACCAGACGGAUUACCCAUUAUACGACAGUGUUUAUAAAUGUACAGCACAGAGUCCAGAGGUUUAUUUUGAAAGUGAACCUUUCAAAAUGGUUGUAAUGGCUUUGCCAACACCUAUACUGGUCAUGGAGCCCCAGAGUCCUGUGUUCAUUGGAGAGAACGUCACUCUGAAGUGUGAGAUUAAUAACCCACAUAGAUGGAGUUAUAGAUGGUAUAAAGGCAACAGUUCUAACCCAAUACCUACAUUGAUAAGCAACAUAACCACCAUCAAAGUGGCUACAUCUGAUGAGGGUCUGUACCGGUGCCAGGGACAGAGGACAGACAGAAACACAUCAUCACACAUGAGUAAUGAAGUCAAUAUUCACAUGAAGGCUUUGCCAACACCUAUACUGGUCAUGGAGCCCCAGAGUCCUGUGUUCAUUGGAGAGAACGUCACUCUGAAGUGUGAGAUUAAUAACCCACAUAGAUGGAGUUAUAGAUGGUAUAAAGGCAACAGUUCUAACCCAAUACCUACAUUGAUAAGCAACAUAACCACCAUCAAAGUGGCUACAUCUGAUGAGGGUCUGUACCGGUGCCAGGGACAGAGGACAGACAGAAACACAUCAUCACACAUGAGUAAUGAAGUCAAUAUUCACAUGAAGGCUUUGCCAACACCUAUACUGGUCAUGGAGCCCCAGAGUCCUGUGUUCAUUGGAGAGAACGUCACUCUGAAGUGUGAGAUUAAUAACCCACAUAGAUGGAGUUAUAGAUGGUAUAAAGGCAACAGUUCUAACCCAAUACCUACAUUGAUAAGCAACAUAACCACCAUCAAAGUGGCUACAUCUGAUGAGGGUCUGUACCGGUGCCAGGGACAGAGGACAGACAGAAACACAUCACACAUAAGUAAUGAAGUCAAUAUUCACGUGAAGGCCCUGCCUACACCUAAAAUAACAAUAGAUGCCCCAAGUCCUGUGUUUCCUGGAGAAAAAGUCACUUUUAAGUGUGAGGUUAAGUCCUCAAAUGAAUGGAAAUAUAAAUGGUUUAAAAAUCACAACCUUGAACCCGUCGCUACAUCUAACACCAGCACAACCUUUAAACACGUUGUUGAGACCGAUGCUGGUACUUACUGGUGUCAGGGAGAGAGGAGAGACAGGCCCACAUCAUCACGAGCCAGUAAAGAAGCUCAUCUUCAUAUGAUGCCUCUACCUAAAGCUAACCUAACAACAGAGCCACAGAGUCCCUUGUCCAAUGGGGGGAUAGUCACUCUGAAGUGUGUGAUAGAGUCUCUCAGUGGCUGGAUAUAUAAGUGGUACAAGGACAACGAGGAGAAUGUUGUGAUUGAGGGGAACAACUUCACCAUCACCAGAGCUACUGACUCUGAUGAGGGCACAUACUGGUGUCGGGGAGUGAGAGGAGAGAGACCCACAUCAUCACAGCUCAGUAACUCAGUUCAUGUUGCUAAGAAGGAUUCUGGGUCCAGUCUAUUUAUAAUGGGUGUGGCUGUGGCUGGAGGUGUGGCCGGUGGAGUGGUUCUCACUAUCAUCUUUUCAAAGGUUCUACCAUGUUGCCGCCUAAGACAGACAGGUGCUGUGUCCAACACGUCCAGUGCAGGGCCAUUGCUAUCUCUCUACUGUAGUGGUUUGGCAGACAGAAAUACCACUGAGUCCCUGGAUAAGUCUCAUGAAGAAGGGCUUCCUAUCUAUGAAACUAUCGAACUCACAGAACCGACCAGACCAGUGAUGGAUACAGUGUAUGACAAACUGUCACUGAGCAGAAUAGGUCUCUCAGGCAUGUUAGAGGAUCCAUCAGAUGCCGGUCUAUGUACUUUUGAAGGAAAUGCUUCUCCAAUGUCUAGUCCCUGUUCAUUAGCAGAGUAAGAGAUCGUCAGCAUUUCUGAGGAGAACAAGCUGGGAAUGGAACAGAACUGUGUACAUGUGGGCAAUGCAAACUGUGGUCAGUUCACUUUGAUGAAAGUAGAUAUGUAGGCUAAACAAGACUGUAUGACUGUAUGAACAGUAUUCACUGUGUGCUCCACUGUGUGCUAACUUCAUGUUAACUUUAAUGUGACCUUUUUUGUUGUUGAUGAUGUUGUUGUUUAUAUUGUUAUUCAUUUUCCCUGUUGAAGGCAUUGCAAAGUUAUUAUUUUUAAUGCUGAAAUGGCUGCGAGUGAACUCACAAGCUUUCCUUUCUUUUUUCUAUGGAUACCCAGUGUAGGCUUACUGCUAAACAAAUGGACACUGUUCCACAUUAUAUUUUUCAGAAUGUCACAGCCCCAGUCUACAUAUUCUUAUAGAGAUCACAUAUUAACCCUUACUGAAAAUCAAUAUUAGAAUGCAUUGUGUCACUGUGUUAUUAAAGGCUAUACAUACUCUCA